AACCGCGCCAGGUGACUCGCAGAACUGACACUAUGGUACAUCAGGUGCUCUACCGGGCGCUGGUAUCCACCAAGUGGCUGGCGGAAUCCAUUCGGUCUGGCCGCCUGGGGCCCAGCCUUCGGGUGCUGGACGCGUCUUGGUACUCACCCGGGACCCGCCAGGCACGCAAAGAGUACCAGGAGCGACACGUGCCUGGCGCGUCCUUCUUUGAUAUAGAGGAAUGCCGGGACACGACUUCGCCUUAUGAGAUGAUGCUGCCCAGUGAGGCCCACUUUGGGGACUAUGUGGGCAACCUGGGCAUAAGCAACGACACACAUGUGGUGGUAUACGAUGGAGAUGACCUGGGCAGCUUCUAUGCACCCAGAGUCUGGUGGAUGUUUCGUGUGUUUGGCCACCGCACAGUGUCAGUGCUCAAUGGUGGCUUCCGGAACUGGCUGAAGGAGGGCCACCCGGUGACAUCUGAGCCCUCGAGGCCAGAGCCAGCCGUUUUCAAAGCCACACUGAAUCUCUCCCUGCUCAAGACCUAUGAGCAGGUCCUAGAGAAUCUCCAGUCUAAAAGGUUCCAGCUGGUGGACUCUCGGGCCCAAGGACGGUACCUGGGCACACAACCGGAGCCGGAUAUAGUAGGACUAGACUCGGGCCACAUCCGUGGCUCAGUCAACAUGCCCUUCAUGGACUUCCUGACGAAAGAUGGCUUCGAGAAGAGCCCAGAGGAGCUGCGUGCCAUAUUCCAGGACAAGAAGGUGGACCUCUCACAGCCCCUCAUUGCCACGUGCCGCAAGGGGGUCACUGCCUGUCACGUUGCCCUGGCUGCCUACCUUUGUGGCAAACCCGAUGUGGCUGUUUACGAUGGCUCCUGGUCAGAGUGGUUCCGCAGGGCACCCCCAGAGACCCGUGUGUCCCAGGGGAAGAGUGGGAAGGCCUGAGUGUGUGCAGCCUCCUCCUCUGCCCACCCAAUCCAGCCAGUUCCCUUCAGGGAGGUUGGUGUGACCUGCUGUAGGUUCACCUUUUAGGCUACGGAUAUUGACAGGGUUUUAGAAUUGCUCUUGGUGCCUCCCUCCCUCCCUCCCUCUACAUUGGAAUAAAGUGCCUUUUCUCAGAA